UUAACACUAACCAUCUCAAAAAUCAAUAAAAUUAAGCUUAUUCGCGUUUUUGCAUGAAAUGAAAGAAUCUGUCAGAAAAAGGUGUCGCUCCACCCCGCGAACCGAGAUAUUAAGCGUUAAAGUUGACAACUAUUGAGUACACGCCAUUUACUUGAUAUUCACACAACGUGAUCGGCACUGAUACUCGAAUAAAUUCCUCGUGGCAAUCAUCUCACAGCAGAAGAAUACGAGAGUACUUACUGAAUGAUGACAGCGUUAUUCCGCAUGAAUUGCAUACAGAAUUUGCGUCGGAGCUUAGCUCUAAUGUCGUCCAAGGAGACAACGAUAUAUCGUAGGAUAGCGACAACACCGAGCCGUCAUGAUGAAAUCAAGGAAGAAACAAAGCCUGUCAAGAGAAAGUGGGUGAGUUAUGGCUUCAGUCAUGAGAACGAAUUGGAAGAUCGUCAUGCUCUGCACCAGACCAUGUUUGUCUGUGUAACCAUAGUCUUUGUGAUUGGAUGUACCGUCAUGGCCUAUUUACCUGAUGUCAGAGGCAAGGAUUGGGCACAACGAGAAGCUUACCUGCGACUCCGUUAUAGAGAAGAACAUGGACUUCCUCCUAUUAGUCCCAAUUAUAUUGAUCCGUCGAAGAUAAUACUGCCAACUGACGAAGAACUAGGUGAUACAGAGAUUAUCAUUUAAAAAGUAUGUCUGGAUAACACAGAGAACAAUUAAACUUUGAGUGUUGUUACUGCCUAUCUAUAGCCAUCUAGUACUUGUUAUAUUAAUUUAAGGUAACAUGUAAUAAACACUGCUUUUGUGCAGAUUGAAAUUCUUUAUCAAUUUGGAAAAAGACAACUCACAGUUUUGCAGUCCUCAAAAGAAAAUGGUCUGGAUACAGAAGUGUAUAUAUUCAUUAACAUGUGUACUACUUGUAAUUAAAAUUAU